AUGGCAUUACUCCUGAACAGGCGCGUUGCCGAGAUCAAGAUUAUGGAGAUUUAUGAAGCUGUCAGAGAUUCGGUUCCCUGGGAUGUGACGUGUGUUCAUACAAAACAUACUGUAUCCAUUCAUUCUCAAUACCCCUACCGAUCUGUCCAAAUUGUCCUAUGGUUUGAUAUCGAUGCAGCGUGUUUUGCAUUUGAUGGUACCCAUGUUUGGGGUAAUCCUCGCGCUGUCAUUUCUAUGAUGAGACAAUGUAAUACAGUUGACAUGACUCGCCGAUCUCCUUCAUACGAAGUCCGACUCAUCAAGUAUUUGUCUCGUGGAUUCGAAGUUUACGUCCCCAGUCUCAAGCGUGCAGACAUCGAUCCAACCAUCUAUGAACGGUCUAUCAUGAGAGUCGAAGGGUUGGCUCGACUUCUCGCUUUCGAGUCUCUCAAAACUUCUGAUAGCCGUGAUCAGUUCUUGGAAACGCGUCGAAACCUCCAUGGCUGUCCUAAAGUGUUCAACGCUCACUACCAUUGA